UUCCUCCGAGCAUCCGACUCCCUCCCUCGCCUCCGACCCAUCACACACACACAGCGCGAGCGUCUUAUCCGGGCCUGCGCGAAGAGAAGAGAAGAGUGCAGAGGAGCAUACAGAGUAAGCAACAGCAAUGGUGAGGGCUCCUUGCUGCGAGAAGAUGGGGCUCAAGAGGGGCCCGUGGACAGCGGAGGAGGACAUGACCCUGGUCGCUCACAUCGAGCAGCACGGGCACAGCAACUGGCGGGCGCUGCCCAAGCAGGCCGGCCUGCUGCGCUGCGGCAAGAGCUGCCGCCUCCGGUGGAUCAACUACCUGUGCCCCGACAUCAAGCGCGGCAACUUCACCAGCGACGAGGAAGAAGCCAUCAUCCAACUCCACGCCAUGCUCGGCAACAGAUGGUCCACCAUUGCCGCCAGGCUGCCUGGCAGGACGGACAACGAGAUCAAGAACGUCUGGCACACACACCUCAAGAAGCGACUCGAAUCCUCGUCCAAGCCCUCCGGCCAGGCAGCGCCUAAGCGCAAAGCCAAGAAGCCUGCUGUGGCUGCGAGCGCGCUCGAGGGCCCGACCUCCGAGCCGGCGUCGUCGUCACCGGGGCAGUCCCUCUCGACGUCGUCCGCCACCGGCUACUCGAUGGCCUCGUCGUUGGAGAACACGGGAAGCUCUUCCUCGGAGGAGUUCCAGAUCGACGACAGCUUCUGGUCGGAGACACUGGCGAUGUCGGCGGACAGCUCCGGUUCCGGGAUGGAAUCCAGCGACACCUUCGGCGUAGAUAGUGGAGCACCAUCUUCGAGCAACGAUGAGAUGGACUUCUGGGUCACACUGUUCAUGCAGGCUAGUGACAUACAGAGUUUGUCACAGAUUUAACUUUUAAUGAGAAGAUUGGGCUAUUUUCGUAUUUCUCGCUAGCAUUCGCGGCGGACCAGGCGAGCGGCCUGGCCGAACCUGGAACUGGACGAACAAAGGGGCCAUUUUGGCCGGAAGUUUAUGUA